CACUCCACUCCACUCCACUCAUCCCCUCCCCUUCUCUGCAACUUCAAUGGCAGACCCCUCCAUGUACAACUUCUUGAGCCAGAGCCAGAGCCAGAGCCAGUCUUCUGCGCCCAAACCCACCAAGCUCGCAGCAGCAGCAGCAGCUCCAUCCACCACCACAUCUCCGCGACUCUUCCCCUGUCUCUACUGUCCCCGCAAGUUCUACACCUCCCAAGCUCUUGGCGGCCAUCAGAACGCUCACAAGCGUGAGCGAGCUGCUGCCCGCCGAAAUUUUCCGGUCGCCGACCAGCAGCAAUACCACACAUUUCCUCAUCAGGUCCCCGCUGAUUAUCAACAGCAACAACAUAGCUCGUCGAUAUCAUUUCCCCAGUUACAGGCCAUGGACGACCAACCCACAGGUGCAGCAGCGUUUGUUGAGCAGUGGUUGGAACCCUUCCAGCCACAGCCACAGCCACAGCAGCGCCUUCCUUUGAGCUCUGUCCCUCAUCAGAGCUUUCUGGGCAUUUCGACUCCUCCCGACUCUCUCUCCCCUACCACGGAUGUGGAUGAUUCUUCGGCCAAUAUUGACCUCACCCUCCGCCUGUGAAGCAACGCCUUUCUCUUUCUCUUUCUCUUAAUUAAUUUCCCUUUUUUUUUUUUUUCUGUUUUUGUUUUUUGAAAGGAAAAACUGGGACAAGUUAAUGGGAUUUGAUUAGAAUGAAAAGUGGUUAGGGUUCAAUGGGAUUCUUGAAUCUCUUGAUUUGGUGUUCUUCAUUUCCAUAUGUUUAUGGGGUUUCAACUCUUUUUCUUUUUUGCCUCAUCUGACUAAAACUACAGUGAAUGG